GCGCUGCUCUGGCGGCGGCGCCGAGAGGACGGGCGGGCAGGCCCCCGGCGGCGGCGGCGGCGGGCUCAGCGUGAGGCGCGGGCGAGGGUUCGCGGAGGACCGGCAAGAGCAGGAGGAGGAGGAGGAGGAGGAGGUCGAAGGCGAGCAGGGGACCAGGAGGAGAAGGGUGAAGCGGGAGCAGCGCCGCCGCCGCCCCGCACUCCCUCCCCGGGCACCGCCGAGGAGAAUGACGGAGCUCCAGUCCGCGCUGCUACUGCGGAGACAGCUGGCAGAGCUCAACAAAAACCCAGUGGAAGGCUUUUCAGCAGGCUUAAUAGAUGACAAUGAUCUCUAUCGAUGGGAAGUCCUUAUUAUUGGCCCUCCAGAUACACUGUAUGAAGGCGGUGUCUUCAAGGCUCACCUUACUUUCCCAAAGGACUAUCCACUCAGGCCGCCAAAAAUGAAGUUUAUCACAGAAAUAUGGCAUCCAAAUGUUGACAAAAAUGGCGAUGUCUGUAUUUCCAUCCUUCAUGAGCCUGGCGAAGACAAGUAUGGCUAUGAGAAACCUGAGGAACGCUGGCUACCCAUCCAUACUGUGGAAACCAUAAUGAUUAGUGUAAUUUCUAUGCUGGCAGAUCCCAACGGCGACUCUCCUGCUAACGUGGAUGCAGCGAAAGAAUGGAGGGAAGAUAGAAAUGGAGAAUUCAAAAGGAAAGUUGCCCGCUGUGUAAGAAAAAGCCAAGAGACUGCAUUUGAGUGACACUUAAUUCAGCAGCUAGUAGCUUCACGUUUUUCAGGGUCUUCAAUUGAGGAAUAUGGCACUGUUUUUCCUGCACUCUACCCACCUAUUGCUGGACUUCUGUUUAUACCAAGUUGGCAGACACUGGCUGGAACUGGGCUGCAAUAAAACAUGCCAGUUAUU